AUGCAAGCAACCAUCGAUGAACUUUUUCAGUUCUUGCGCAUUGAGAAUAAUAAUAUAAUGGGUCAGUCCGUAUCAAGAAGUGAUUUUAUGUGGACCUAUACGGAGCAACCACAUCUAAAUAGAAGGGAGGCGAUAGUCAAAGCUCAUCCAGAGAUCAAAGAGCUUUUUGGCAUCGAUGAGUCACUCAAAUAUGUUGUUACAGCAAUGGUGUUUUUUCAAGUAUUCAUGUGCUGGCUACUACAAGAUUCGGACUGGCUGCUGAUACUUCUAGAAGCGUAUUUAUGUGGAGGAGUGAUAAAUCAUGCUAUGACUUUGGCUAUACAUGAUAUUUCACACAACACCGUAUUUGGGAACAGAUAUCCGCUUUCAAAUCGCUUCUUUGGAAUGUUUGCCAACCUACCGAUAGGUGUGCCAAUCUCUGUUUCUUUCAAAAAGUAUCAUGUGGAGCACCAUCGAUAUUUGGGCGAGGAUGGAUUAGACACUGAUGUGCCUACUGAAUUAGAAGCUCAGCUGUUUACAACACCGGCAAGGAAACUUGUUUGGUUGGUGUUCCAGCCAUUAUUUUAUGCGUUUCGUCCCUUGAUCAUCUAUAAGAAAGCACCCACUGAUCUAGAGAUUAUUAAUGCCAUAAUCCAGAUAGCUUUCGAUUUAUUUGUUCUGCGAUUUUUUGGAUAUCGAUCUCUUGCGUAUCUCAUUAUUGGUACACUAGUUGCCAUGGGAGUUCAUCCCAGUGCGGGUCAUUUUGUAUCGGAACAUUACGUCUUCAAGGAAAACCAAGAAACCUACAGUUACUACGGACCGUGGAAUUUGUGCACGUUCAAUGUGGGAUACCACGUUGAACACCAUGAUUUUCCAUACAUACCCGGAAGGAACUUGCCUAAGGUUUCACAAAUUGCUCCCGAGUUCUAUGAGGGAUUGCACACACACUCCUCCUGGACAAAAGUGCUUUUCGACUUUGUUUUUUCUCCAGAUAUGGGACCGUACAUGCGUCUCAAAAGAAAGGCAUCAGUAGCGCAAACAUUCCAAGCAAGACAUGCUUUACUCGAAUAUUUCCAGGCGGUGGGUAUUACGGCUACUUACAGCUUCCGAGCCAAUCCCUAG